CCACUCCCGUUCCGUUCCGUUCCGUUUCACAGGGGUUGUGUUGUGUUCCUCCAUCGAACCGAAUCGAAUCCCAUCCGGGACCAACUCUCCCCUCCCGUCCCGUCCCAUCGAUCGCCCCCGCCCACCAUUCGAGGAGGAGGGAGAGCGGAGGCGGAGGAGGAGGAGGCCGCGGACAAUGGCGCUGCCGGUGGCGAAGCUGGGGACUCUGCUGCUGCGGACGCUGUCCAAGCCCAUCGCCAGCCGCCUCAAGAGCCAGGCCGCCGUCCACCCCAAGUUCCGCGACUUCAUCAUCAGCAUCGCCCAGAUGAACCAUCGUAUCACCACAAGGAUACAAAGGCGCAUUUACGGCCAUGCAACAAAUGUGGAGAUCAGACCUUUAGAUGAGCAGAAGGCAGUACAAGCUGCCACAGAUCUCAUCGGAGAAGGCUUCAUCUUUUCGGUUGCUGUCGCUGCUUUGAUUUUCGAGGUGCAAAGAAGUGCUAGGUCAGAGGCUAGAAAGGAGGAAGCUCGCAAACAGGAACUUGAGGAAUUGAAACAAAGGGAAGAUAGUUUAGCUAAAGAUUUAGAAGAUCUUAAACGGAAGCUGGAUGAACUUGAGCGCCUCGCCAGAGGACGGGGCCUUUCUGGAAUAUUGAACUUCAAAGGUGUCAGUCGAUCGGAUGGUGGCAAGGCAGCAACACCUGCUUGAUUUAUGGAUGCAAGUUUGAUCACGAAAACAAGGAUGUUGUGUUGUCUAGGUUAUGCACACAACAACUUGAAAUUAGCUAACUGGUUUCCUAAUUCUUCUGCCACACUUCUAUGAUUUUAUUGCAGCACCCAUUCUUUUGGUGAAUGGAUCAAAUUUUAUGGUGGUCGAUCCAUUAGACAUCACGAAAUAAUACAGUGUAACUGUGUAAGGAAAAGGCCCGGUUACUUCUUGUACCAAGAAGUAAUCACAGAAAGAGAUGUAAAGAUGAGUGUAUUCUUACUUUUGGGCCUUCGGCUCCGCUAGCACAUCAGGUAGGCAAGUCUAAAUGUUUGAUUAUAUGUUGUGGGCUCUGACAGACUAUGAUCUGAAUUUUCUCCUCAACACUGUCUGGUCAUCCA